ACCAAUCCGUCUCCCCCAAAUUCUCCAUUCGAAAAAGCCAACGCCGUUAUCGUCCUUCCUCCGCAAUCCGCCGCAGAGAACAUCGGAACCCUCAGGAAGCUUCUAGAAGCCGCCCGCGCGGAGCCCCCAUGGAGAAGGAGAAGCAGAAGCAGGGGGCCGACGGCGCCCUCCUCCUCGCGCUGCGCUGCUCCAGGGCGUCUCUCGUCCUCUCCUCCCUCCGCCAGCCACCCCCCUCGACGGCGACGACCCGCCGGACCUCAUCCUCCGUGGAGUUCGACCUCCGGAACGCGCGCCUCCUCGACGCCGAGCUCGCGGCGGCGCGGCGCGCGGCUGCCAGAAGCGCGCGGACAUCCGCCGCUGAGAUUCUCUUCGUCGUUGCUCUGGCCCCCCUCCUCAUCCUCUUCGUCGCGCUUCUAGCGGCGGCGCUGGCGGAGGCUGCCGCGGAAGGGGUGGCUUGACCCGCUUGCCGACGACGUCAUGAGAUGAUGCGGCGACUGAACCCAAACCCUCCGUGUUAAUUCCCCCCUUCCGGGCUCCGUAAGUUGACUCUGUUUCUCUUCAGCUGAGAAAGGAAGCUGGUAUCUCGAUUGUGGUACGGGCCUGUUUGGUGUUUUCGGUCUGUACGGUAGGUGUUCGACCAAAUGCAUGUUCCUUCGUAGUUGUGUGCACAGAGUAAGGCUAAGGUUGUGGUGAUAAUUAAGAGAUCAGACGAAAUCAUAGCGUGAUGAAUGGUGCCUGUCUCAUUGAGUUGCAUUGUUCUACUGUUUUCUGAUCGAAUUAUGCUGAUGGAAUGGUAGAUGCAGGGAUAUGCCUUGCAGUGUUGCUGCUUGUGUGCCAUGAUCCAUAGAUUGUGAAAAGGGCACUGGCGAUGAAAUUUCACGAUGGGUGUUAUGUUGCUAGUCUAUGAUUAUUCUUUCAAGUGAAAAGUAAAUGUGUUUGAGCUUAGUCAAUUGUUCAUUGCAUUUAGGCAGCAUCCUCAUCAGGAUCAUGCAUUGCUUUAUUUCUCCUUUGUAUGAGUAAGGGUGGCCCAUGCAUUUGCGCUGCUAGACUUUUCACGUGUUUUACUUUGAGAAGCUGAUAGAAAGGUAGACAUGUAAAAUUAUAGAUAAACUUGUGGUCGAAAUGUAUGAAACUCAUUUGGCAUUGUUUUUUAACGAACUGCUUGCCCCCUGCAAGUUGCUUAUGUAUUUAACUGUGAAAACUCUCUAGUCAAGUGUUUAUAUAGUUUAGCCAUGUACGCUAAUGUAUUAUCCGUGUAUGUUGGCUUAGAAUUGCUAAAGCCUUUCUCACUAAGGCUGAAUUUGAUACUGGUGUAAAUUAUCAUAAUCUGGUGUUUUCAACAAGCAUUUGUCUACUUACCGUAUGAAUAAGCCACUGUCCUGCUUUCGAGGCUAUUUAUUUAGUUAUAAUAUACAAGGUCAACACAAUGUAAUGUAGCAACACUAAACCGAGCCUAAGGUGAUGGAUGAAUGUUUUCAGAAGUAGGGUUUUUGUUGUCUUCAAUGUACUAGUUUGUUUAUUUAUUAUGUUAUGCAACAUUGGAUGAUGUUUAAAAUGUAAUAUCAUGAAUUUCUUACUGUUGAUGCUUUGCAUCAACCAACCAACCUUGCUUCUUAUUACCGUACGCAUAUACAUGUUGAUUAAUAAUUCAGGGUUUUAGACACUUGUGCCACUGCGUGUGCUAGCAUCACUUACUGAAGGUCAGAAAAUUUUGUUGUUGCCACUCUAGCUCUUGUCCGUUUUCCCUAUACCACUCUUAAAUUUGACAUUCCACCGUUGCCACUCUAGCUUUUAACAAUGCUUCACAAUCUGCCACUCUGUAUAGUCAAUGCUCCGUUUUGACCAAACGGAGUAGGGAAAAGACCAUCUUGCACUCAGUUUUUUGUUUUUCUUUUGCCACCAGUUUUCGCCAAUUUUGAUCUUGCCAUUGGAGCAACUUCUGAAUGAUUUUAUUAGUGCUAAUUCAGUCUCAGAUUUUGGCAUGGCCUAUUCAAAAAUCUGACAUCACACAUAAUUAUACUAUUUUUCCUUUUGUAUGGUUGCAACUUAACUUGAUGCUGUAUUUUUUUUUAAUAUGCAGUAUGCAAUAUGCAUAGCCUGGUGAAAGAAAUACCCUUAUGAAACCGUGAUACUCGAAACUGGGCGAAGGCCGAUCAAUUUUUUCCAUCAUGAGGAACAUUUGCGUCAUCUUAUUGAAUUCUUCUGUGCUCCUAAAUUUCUGUCAGGACAAAAAGGAUAGCACAAAUUAACCGGGUGUUUUAGAAAAACCAUUGUCUUGGUUUCACGGCGCACAUCCAGUUGCUGCAACCUGAGCCAACUAUACGUUUCCCAGCUAUCCAAGACAGCAGUGUGGUAUCCGCUCAAGCACACUAUCAAAGAUCCAAAACUGCUCUCUAAUGGCCACGGAACACAGCAGCACAUAUUAAUUGCACGUACUAAAGGCUCUGCUUCCGAUUACUUGUGGUAGCACCUGGAUAUGUCAUACAGUAUAUCCUAAGAUCGGCUAAAGUAACAAGAAAAUUUUCUAGAGUGAUGCUAUACAUAAUACCACAAGUUUUUUUUCACCAAUAGCAACGGUCAGGUUUCAUCGGAUAGGACGAUGGUGCCCCUCUUCAAACACUAAGAAUACCCGAGGUCCGGUUCCGCGGAUCUCUCUUUCUCCCACUAUCGCAUUCCUAAUUUGGAUUGGCAUCUUUUUUUUUCUCCCUGAUGAGGUGGUGCGAGAAAUUUCAGAUGUACUAAUUUCUAGAAGCAUUUGUUCUGAUACUUUUACAUGGGAUCUUCUGUUCACUCUGACGAGCUUCGGGUGAAACCAAUUCCCAAGGUGUGACGAGCGGUGUCGCGAGUUUGCAGGGAUGAGAACCAUGAAAAGCAAGAUCUUGAAUAAGAAAACAGAAACCGAGGAAGAUGAAACGGACACUAACAUCAGACAACUCUCAAAUGGAUUUGGUUGUCUAUGAUGAGCAAGUAGAAGCAACUUGCUUACUCACCUAGGGUCGGUCCAGCUCCCCCUACUACUCCUACUUAUCCUUCUCACUUGCCAAACCAUAGCUCUAAUUGAGUCAAAUUCCACAAUUUCAAAGAACAGUAUGCUUUUCCCCCCCUCCAUUUUUCACCAUGAAUGUUCUCUCAAUCCCUCCCUACUCCUUUCUUUCCCGAGCACAGGCUUACCCAACUCAUGAGGACCUGUCUAUUCAAUAAAGGACGGAAUCAAUGUGAGCCUUAGGGUCCAAAAAUAUUCCAUUGGUGUCGGCUAUUAGCGCCCCACCAGAAAAUUAAUAAGAAUAUAAAUCCAGUAUCCCGAAAGGAAGGUUAUGUCCAAACUCAUUUUGUAUUCGAUAACCCAGCCGUACAUGAAAGAGGGUACUGGUUGACGAUGGCGGCGGUGAUCCCUUGAUGAAUCCAUUGUCUUAGUUGCUCGUGGUGUCCGCGGUUUAGAAUGGGGAUGUUGAACGUUGUGUUUGGUAUGGGGCGUUUCUCAGGACGUGGGCAUUCGGGGCGCAAUAUGCAACAUCGUCGACGAUUCUUCCAUGACUUCUUUCCUGGGCGUGGUCAGGUCCUACAACCCACUUGCCGACUCCUCUAGACGUUAAGAGUGUACAUUGAUCCGCUCGGUUUUGGAGUCGUGGUUGUGUGGUGGAGGUGACCCGCAUUGGCCUGGACACGGUCUAGGUGAAGAAGCUAGCUUCAAGUCUUAGAGCUCAAGAUCAGUUCGGUUGGCGAUGGCCACGACCAGACGAGCUUACCAACCUCCAGCUCUUCGUCCGAUCGAGUUUAGCUUCACAGGACGUGGAGAAAAUAUCAGGUGAUACAAGAGUUUAGGUGCUACCAUGAUACGGGUUUUCGUGAGCCAUUGGAUCCGAGAUCUAAGGGUGACAGCCAUCCUUUUGGACUUGCACGUAAAUAUCAGAUUCUGAAAGCUUCACAGGACGUGUCGUCCCGUCACACGGUACCUAUAUAUACCCCGGCCCCACUAAAGUGCAGCCGCACCAACCGCAAUCCCAAUUCGCAACGGCCCCAACAGACACACGCACGGGCGCGCGCGCGGCCGGCAGCACGGCAAGUCGGCGACUCGUGCGCCCGCCGGACACCGGCCGCGCUACAAACGCGUCGUACGUCUACGCCCGCGUGCCGACGCAGGCUUCCGCUUUUCUCCCCUCCCCCCGCCCGCUCCUCCUCCCCCCAUGCGCGGGCGCCGCACCGCCCCCCGGCGGCCAGACGAGAUGACGGACUCCACCGACUCGCCGUCGGAGCACGCCGGCGGCACGAACGGCGACGGAGCAGGCGGGCUGUGCCAGUACCAGCACGGCGGCCCGGCCAGGGCGCCGCGGCUGGGGCUCGAGAUCCGGGAGCCCUUCCUGCGUCUGAUCACGUCCAUGCGAGCCGCGCUCGACCCCGCCCCCGACGACGGAGGCGCCGGCCCAGAGGAGGAGGGGGCGCCAGGGGGGAAGAAUCAGGGCCAGCGACGGCUGACGCGGGUGGGACUGCGGGCGCUCCAAAUCGGCGACAGCAAGAUCGAUCGAAGGGACGAGGCCGACAUAGCGGCCAAGUUCCAGUACAAGAAGCCCAAGAAGAUCGUGCUCCAGCUGCACCGGGCCGACGCCUUGGUCAAGAUCGACAUCCUCUGGUCCAACAUCCUGGCCAUGUCGGCGCGCUUCGACGACGCGAGAUUCGACACGCUCAGGAUCCAGGUCAAAUGCGCGUCCGAGCGGUUCAGUGCUACACAACCUCCAGCAGCAAGCAGAAUGCAUCUCCGAUGGCAGCGCUGCGGCGAUGUUAUUCCAAGGACCUUUUUGCUCUGGUUUGACAAGGGGACGCUGGAGAGGGGCUACGGCAAGAUGAUGUACGCCGACCCUUCGCUGCUUCUACUGCCGCCGCCACCUCCGGGACAAGGAGAGGAGGAGGAGGAGGAAGAAGCCCCGUCCCCGCCAUUCCUCGGAGGCGCGACGCCGAGCACGGUGAUGAUGAUGACAGGCUCGGCAAACACAGGGGCCGCCGAUCCCGCGGCGUAUCAUGAGUACUGGGGCACCCAGUUCCAGGACUCGGCACAUAUCCGUUCCUUGUACAGAUAGCCGUUAUUCAUUGAUAUUCAUGUUCUUCAUUCGUUGUAUAGAUGUCAUGCACGGU